AUGGCCGCUGCGAACUCCGACCAACCUCGGAUGUUGAAACAGCUGGUCUGCUUCCACCGCCCCAGAAACUGGUCGUUCUCCGUCGCCUGGGGAUAUUCCGCCGACAUUUACGAGGAGAUCUUUCCUCGGAGCUAUCUGAAUAACCCCAUCGAAACUUUUCAGACAUGGGGGCCCACUCCCUGGCCGCCCCACUGGAUUUUCGAUGUCCGCAAAUAUACGACGACGGACACGUGUCUUGUCCUGCACGCUUUCUUUCUUGAGUCGGUGGAAGAGGAGGAGGAUGGGAUUGUUACGACGUAUCGGCGCGCGUGGCGGCGAGGGUUGCCGGCUUGUUUUGCCGGCGACGGAGAUCAGUCGGCUGACCGGAUUUCCAAGAUUGUAGUGUACUCGCCCAUGACAAAGCCCGCAAAGAUUGGUAGAAGUGAAUGCUGUGAUGUAACGAUUGAUAGUGUUGAGUCCGAAAGCGCCGUCAUCAAAACUAGAAGAUGCAUGGCAGAUGACAUCAUUGCUUGA